AUGGUAGCCUUGAUGAGGAAAUUAAGUUCAGAAACAACCAGGGUAGACAAGCAAUUAGACAACUCAACAGUAUUUUAUGGGAUAAGGCGGUAUCAACACAAAAUUUAUAACAGCAUAAUUAAAAGCAUUAUUAGUUAUGGUAGUAAAGUAUGGCCUUUGAAAGAACUCGAAGCUAUAGAAAUGGACUUUUGGAGGCGCGCGGCCGGGAAAUCGAAACUGGAUAGGGUAAGAAAUGAAAAAAAUCAGAACAUCAUGGGCGUUAAGCACAGAAUAACAGAAGACAUCAAAAUUAACCAACUCAGGUGGUACGGGCACGUACAAAGAAUGGAAGAGAGCAAGAUCCCAAAGAAAAUACUCAAUUGGACACCACAUGACAAAAAAAAAGAGGGAGACCUGGACGGAGUUCGAGAGAAGGAAUAG